AAAACCCUCACUCACGAUCAGAGCAAAUCAAAUCAACCAAAUAUAACUGGUUUUUUGUUGCAUAAUUCUAAAGGAUCAGUGAUGUCUCUCUUAAAUAGAUUGCAAGCACUUCGCUCUCUUCAUCAAACGGUUAAGUUUGGAGAAUCAUCAUAUCUUCUGGGGAGCUCAAGAGGAUAUUCUACAGGUUUUCCAAAUGGUAAUAGGUUUUCAGUUCCUCAAGUUUCCAGCCUUGGCAUUUCCUCUUGCUUAUAUAAGACAGACAAUGUUCUUCCUUGGACUAGUGGGGGCACAAUAACACUUCAUUCAACUAUGGCUGCUGAGUUAUUAAUCUUCUCGAAUGGAAAAAGGUUUGCAACAACAGGAGUACAAGCCCCUGCACAAGCCCAGAAAAUGGGAGGCAUUAAAGUGGCCUUGUUGAGUCCUGGGUUCAUCUAUGAACCCUAUGCACCUCGUGAACCAAUCCCAUUUUGGAAGAGAUGGUUCACAAGAAGUGGUUGGAAAAGGACAAAAGAUGAUAUUAUUUUAGAGCUCAAGAGUGCCUAUGCCAUAAAUAAGUUGAGGAAAUCUGGAUGCUCAAAAAACAAGUUCUACACGGAAGCUGCACAAUUAUACAAGGAGAUAAACACUAUGAUAGCAAAUGGUGACAAAACAUCAGUACGAAAAGCUGUAACAGAGAAUAUGUUCUCUGAAAUCAAGAAUGAGAUCCGGAUAAGAGAAUCAAUGUGGAACAGGAUUUACUGGGAAAUGGUUGAACCUGUGGUUAAGAUACGGACUUUGCGAGCUCGACUGUGCUAAGAGUGAAAUAUGGUAGAGAAGAAGACUACUUAAUUUGCAAUUUUUGUCAUGCUGUUAUUAGUAAUUGUAUAAAACCAUAAGGAAUUGAGAUGUUUUCAGGGGUUUAAAUUUGUUCCAUUUAAACACAUACUUUUUCCUUUGAGGAGGUGUGCAGGUGGAGGGGCUGGUUUUCCUUCCUCAUUUAGUAAUAUUAUUUUAUUUUGUUAACUUGGCAAUGUAUGUGUCUGUUGUUUAUGCAGAAGUUUGAAGCAUAUGAUUCAAAAGGUGCUGUCAUUGCUGGAGAUAAAACCAAAGAGGUCCUUGUCCGAGAAAUCUGGGUUUUUGAGAAGUCUCUCUUUCAUUCCAAUGCUUACUGGCGUCUUUGUGGUCGAAUUAAAAUAUAAGCAAACCUUUCUUUGACUGCAAACUGGGAUCCUGUCAUAAUCACAACAAAUAAUUUUUGGUACCUGAUUUUGCAUGCAGAGCAUAUUGUAAUUUAUCUGAUCAUCAGUACAACACACAUGGUUUUCCUCCUCUUUUUUUUUUAACAACAAAUUUUGACCUGAUGG